UAGCAUCCUUAUCCAGCAUUGUAAGGAUAAGGAAGCUUUUAUUGCAUGCAAGAAAAUUGUUAACAAGAUGAGAAUAUAUUUUCCCUUGCAAACACACACGCACACACACACACACACACACACACACACACACACACACACACACACACACACACAAACAUGGUAUGCAUUUUCGAAAAUGGUUCCAAAUGAACUAAUCCUUAUGUCGACCAGCGUGUCCUGGGUAUCAUCAUUUUAUAGCAGACAAGGUACAACACGGUUUAUCUCCAUUUUCAAUGUUGCUCGCUAUCACUAGAGUCAGAAAGUGAUUCAAUUAGUUUACAUACCACCAGACUAACGAUAAGUUGGCGUCUGUAUUGCUUAGCUGAUUGAUUUACAAUCGCUUUUAUGGCGGUGCCGAUAAACGUCGCGUGCUACAAGUGAAAUGUGUCCCAUCUUUUCCCUCGUCGGGUCGAUGUUGAGCAACAAAAAAAAAAGAGAAUGUAAUCAUUAUCAAAUUAUUGCUGAUUACAUCUUGCCGCAAAUAGAAAUGCCCCUUUUUGCAAUUGUCUCGAAACCAAUAUCGAGCGAACGUGUACGCGUGUGUCUAGACUAGAGGCGAUAUGCUGUCAGUUUGGCGAUGUAUUUUCCACCCUCCAUAAGCAUCUGGCCGUCUCUGUUACGCUUACCCCGUGUUAGAUGCGCAUAACUCCACCACCAAAAACGUUCCACUCACCGCUGUUUGUUGGUGUAUGAAAAAUAUGCUGUCAGUAUGGUAUGAUACCGUACCGGGGGUUGCUAUAAAAAAGAAAAGAAACCGUUGUAAAAACGGUUAGACCUUCCGUUCGGCUUUUCAACUCGGCACGAGGUUUUCCCAUGCAAAGGAAAAGCAGGUUGUUGGCUGUUGCGUUUGCAGCGCACACUUUCGGCCAGUAGUUCUGCAUCUUCCGACUAGUGUGGAUGUGAUCAACCCAAAACCGUCCGACGGUGUACAGUGUGGAUCCUCUGUUCAGCUGUUCAGCAACCAGAUACAGAUAUUUAAAUCUAACGGCUAGCCGCGUGGGCUCCAUUUUUUUCUUGAUAGUGUGAUUCCGUGGUGAACCAGCAAGAAUUAAUUGUGCGCGAGAUAAUAGUGAAAUUGUUUAAAAAUUGUGCAAGUGAAUGUGAAGCAUUGUACGAGAAGCGAAACUAUUUCAAAAUUAAAUAAUGGAAAACUAUUGUUUAAUGGAGGCGCCUGGUCUUUUAUGCUACCGAAGCUAAUGUGUAGUGCGUUAAUGUGAUUUUACUCAUUAAAGUGUUACUGGUUUUUGGUAGAUGAGAAAAAAGUGAUUUUUUUUUAAAGUGAUCGCAAGAAAAAAAAUUUAAGGUGCAUUAAUCAACGCAAAGAACGAAUGAUGAAUGGUUUCGUUUAUGCGAACGAUGGCAAAACCAGGAACCCGGCGGCUACCGAUAGCCUACUUCAUUCCAGUGCGUUGCUGUGCUUGUGCGGUUGAGAAAUAAAUACUCCGGCAAACGGUCACCAAUCAAACAUUCAGCUUAAGUGCGGAUCUGAUCUAGUCUGGCUUGAAAACGGUGUUUUUUGGGAGUUACGACCAUCAGCAAAAUUUUCCACUUCAAUCAGCCGUUACACAAGCAGUUCGUUAGUGCACGAUUGUUCUACCAACCGAUGGAAAAAGCUCCUUACCCGCGCCAGCAGUGAAGCGGUAUAGUUUGGGCGAAACAGCUCGUCUAAAGUGUAAGUGAGCGAGUGACAUCUUUAAUGUGAUGAUGAUGGAAAUGAUUUAGAAAUAAUCUACUGAAGUCGUGGGUUUUUGGUCUGAAACCUUUGGAAACGGGGGAUUUUUUUUGUUGGAUUGCCGACGCCCUUUGUGUAACGCGCUUCUUCUGGAUUAUUGGCAUUAAAUAUUGGAAGUGAAGAGAUCGCUCUAUCGCCGAACCAUGAUAUCACAGGCGAUUCAGUAUGCGGAUUACUUCGCACGUUCGAUGCGUAACGACUCCACGGUACCGGGCGGUGGCGUAUACUCAGGUGGUAACGCGACAGCCGUUAGUGGUGUAACGGGUAACGCAUCCAGUACUGGAACGGCGACCGGUACCGAUCUGUUCGAUAUGUAUGCCCGCAACUAUCCGUACGUGUCGUCUACGGAGGAGCAGAACUACAUCGAGCAGCUGAGCGAAGGCCUGCGCAACCAGUCGUCCGGUAAUCGUAGCUACGGUGGUUAUGAUUAUGGGCUGGAACCGAUGCCACUGCCCGAGUGCAGUAACGCCUACUCAGCCGGUCCGUACUUUCAGCUGACCAGCUACUUCCUGUACAUUACCAUCUUCGUGACGGCGGUCAUCGGUAACUCGAUCGUGCUGUUUAUCGUCCAGUCGAACCCGCGGAUGCGCACCGUUACGAACUUCUUCAUCACCAACCUGGCGGUCGGUGAUCUGAUGAUGACGCUGUUCUGCGUACCGUUCACCUUUAUCUCACUGUUCGUGCUGCAGUACUGGCCGUUCGGGCUUGCGAUGUGCCGGUUGGUGAACUACACGCAGGCCGUAUCGGUGCUGGUCAGUGCUUACACACUGGUCGCGAUCAGUGGCGAUCGUUACAUUGCGAUUAUGUGGCCAUUAAGGCCACGCAUCACCAAGACUUGCUCCAAGUGCUUAAUCGGUAUCGUUUGGAUCAUCGCACUGAUUACGGCCGUCCCGAUCGCCAUCUUUUCGACGCUCUAUUUUCCCACCGAUUGGCAUGUGCAGUGUAACGUACCAAUCUGUGCGGAAAAAUGGCCCUCACCGGAGCAGGACGACUACUACACAAUAGCGCUGCUGACCACCCAGUUCAUCGUGCCGCUGGUCGUGCUGAUCUUCACCUACACGCGUAUCGCGAUUGUCGUAUGGGGCAAACGGCCACCGGGCGAGGCCGAAAACUCGCGCGACCAACGGAUGGCAAAAUCGAAGCGUAAGAUGAUCAAGAUGAUGGUGACUGUGGUGAUUGUAUUUACGAUCUGUUGGCUUCCGUUCAACUUCCUCAUGGUAAGUGUGUUCACCUCCUACAACCUUACAGAACUACUUCAUCUCUCUUUCUCUCCCUCCUUCCUUUUCCCCCCAAACAAAUUGCAGCUCAUGAAACUUCCUUCGUCGUGGGAUCUGUUGCCGUACUUCUGGUUCGCCUUCCACUGGCUAGCGAUGUCGCACAGCUGCUACAAUCCGAUCAUCUACUGCUACAUGAACGCGCGGUUCCGCAGCGGCUUCAUACUGGUGCUGCACGGUGUGCCGGGUCUGCAGCAGAUCUGCUGCUGCAUUCGCCAUUCGCCACCGAACAUCGCGCGCAACGUCGGUUCCAGCGUGGCCCUCGCCGGUGAGAUGAAUGGCCUGUACGGUGCCAGCGCACUGCGAAGAAAGGCGGGAGUGCGAGAAUCGAUGAAGUAUCGCAUCUGCAUCGAGUUAACACAUGCACCACAUACAUAAGCACCCGUAGGAAACCGAACCACAACGUACAGGUACAGUCGACGGAGACGUCCCUGUUACGGUGAUACCAGCAGAGCUACGACUAGAGCGCACCAGUCACCGGCACCGGGAGCGUUUUUGGUGGGAUCGGUGGUGCCGGUGGUACGAGAGCCCAGUGCCAGAGUCGUGGCGCAGCGAAUGGCGGACGGCGGAAGCGGCGCUGCUGUCAAAAUGGUGGCGAUGGUGGCGAUUGGAACAAUGGACCCGAUCAACGCAUCGAACUGAUCAUCUUGGAAACGAACGAGGAAGUGGCCGCGCCGGAACCCGAACCCGGCACAAUGCGAACGACGGAGCUUCAUCACGCAAAGGACGAUGGUGUUGGUGGUGGUAACGAUCUUACUAACGUUCGUGGAUAGAUUGGACGUGUGAAUGUGUGGGUAGAUGGCACCCAUUACAUCAUCGAUAUCUGAGGAAAGUGAAACACAAGUGUUAGAAUAUUUCGCUUACAUAUUAUAUAUUGGGGGGAGGAAUGCAACGACGCGUCCUUGUGUUGAUAUCGAGGGUGAGAGGGACGGGGGGAAAAAUGAUUUAAAUAUUCCACCCCCCCCC